UGCAGCCGAUCCUGUCGGCUUGCAUUUGACAAAUGUCUGUCAGUUCGCUACAGAUCUGACAAUUCCCGCCACUUGUUCGCCUUUCUUCCGCCGUUGCGGUUUUGUGGCAAUGGCAGUCAAACAGCUGACCGAGUUCCUUUCACAGAUGUCGACAAGACUUCUCAAUCCUAACGAUGCUGACGAUUCGGACUCGUCGGACACUUCUACCGAAUCACCUGUGAAAUUGCCGAGGAGAUCAUCUACGGUAUCUCCUAGUAGGACCAAUAUGCUUAGAGAGCAUCCAAGAAGACGCUCCGAUUUCAAUCUCGACACUGAACGAAAGAAUCGUCGAAGAAACAGUAUGGCUAGAAUUAGCCGUGAAAACAGUUCUGUCCGACGUCGAUUACGCAAAACAAGCAGCGAACCAAAUGUAGAAGGAGCUGGAGUUAUCGACAUCAUCGCUCUUAGUAAGCUACUCAAUUCCAUACCUAGGAUCACUAUGUCGCAGCCGGAAGACUCGGAUUCCGGAGGAGAGGAUAUGUCUACCGAAAUCGAAGAAUUGCGAGUAGCAGCAAAAUCUAUCCAGUCACUGCAGCGAGUACUGAAGAUGCCACAACAUUCUUCAGACAGAGGGGUCUUUUCCGACGCGGACGAGUCUUCUCUAGCUGCUGAUUCAAGCGUCGAUGGACGGGUUUCCGGCAUUUCAACUCGGUUAGGGCACCCAAGAGGAGUCAUGCAAUUUCUACCAUCUAUGGGGAAUGAAGUCUUCAUCGCACCUGCAGACACUUAUAGAAAAGCCUCUUUGACGAGAAAAACUUCGGCUCCGGAUGCCUUUAUGUCGUUGACCGACGUGCUCUCCGGACCAGAACAAGCAAUGGGUCCACGAGCAAGGCGUCCAGGCGUUGUUGAGGAUUUGUUUUCAUCGUCGUUGAACCAUGAAAACUCGGACAGCCUUGCUGGUGUCAGCCGUUUCUCGAAACUUUUGCGAAGUUUUCGUUCGGGGCAAAGUUCGCCGGAGCCGCAAUUAUCUUGGCGCUCUUAUGGCUACUCAGAAUCGGCAGGAGAAGAAUGUCGUAAAGAAGAUUCGUUACUUCAAGCUGACAUACUUUUAUGGAAAAAGAGAUCAAGAGCCAGCCUCAGGAAACAUUUCAGCGUACGACAUCUGGCUGCUCAAGAACUUUACGAUACCGAGAAAUCGUUUGUUGAGGGAUUGGAGUUCCUGGUUUCGAAAUACAUGCGACCAUUACGACAACCCCUCGAAUGCACUUUGAUAGAGCCAGGAUUGGCUGACAAAAUUUUUUAUAAAGUACCGGAAGUCUUGGCACAUCACCAGGUUCUUCUAGCUGCUUUGAGUUCAAGAAUCGAAGAUUGGGACAAAGAUAGGAAUAUUGGUGAUGUUUUACUAGCUCAUUUCGCUAAGCAAUCGAUGAUAGAAACCUAUAUUUCAUUUGUGGACAAUUUCAAAUAUGCUAAAGCCGCCAUCACUCAAGCACGUGGAAAGCCAUCAUUUGAGAAAUAUUACAAUAGAUGCUGCCGCGAUCAUCGAAAUAAGCAAGAUCUUGACUCAUUGCUGAUCUCACCUAUUCAGCGGGUACCUAGGUAUGAAUUACUUGUAAAACAACUACUCAAGCACACUCCUACCGAACAUCCUGAUCAUGAGAUGCUGUUAAGGACACAACAUCACAUCCAUAAUCUAGCGGUGGCCAUAAAUCAACAUAAGGAGGCAAACGAGCAAAUGGAACAGCGCCUCAGAGAAAUUGAAGCGAUUGUGGAUGGACUUGAUGACCUCGUUUCUACUGGGCGAAAUCUCGUCCGCUACGAUAUGGUACAGAUGCGAUGUCGAGGCGAUGAAAAGCGUCAACGCUGUAUUUUCACUCUCAGUGAUCAGCUUAUUCUCACUAGCGUCCGGAGGAAGAGUUCAGUAAAAAAUUCGAAAAUAAUCACCCCGUCAACUGACUUUCUGGACAGUAAUCGCUUUAAGCUAAUCAUCAAAAUCUCUCUGGAUGAUGUGGAGAUCGCUAAAGAUACGUUGAAAAUGCUGCAAGAAACGGAGCAGACGAUUGACGUUGUCAGAGAAGACGAAAAAGUCAUUCGUAAGGUCAUUGAGCUGGCAAAUCUCAUCAAGGGCAGUAAAGAGAGGCUAAUGGAAGUGUUAGAUGAGAUGGACAUCGACAACACACUUCGCCUACGAUCGUUAAAUGAACAACUGACAUCGAAUCCGGAUUUGACUACCGUGUACUUAUCCGUGGCUACUGUAAAUGGAAUCGAAACAGUUCCGUUGGAGUUUCAAAAUGCUGAGAAGCGUGCCGCUUGGGAAACCGCAUUCCGCGAAGUUAAGACAGCGUCGAUCAAUCAACAAAUGUCUGCACCGCCUCCUCAGCUGAAAUCUGUUGUUGCUCAUCAAACUCGGCCAGGUUUACAGCUUUGCGCUGCAACCGUUGUUCCCGGCAAGAGACCUGAUUCAUCUCCAUAUGUGUGGCUCUGUGCAAGCGAUAAGUUCAGUGGGCAGGUGGCCGUAGUUUCCCUUGACAAUGGCGAACCAUGCGUUGAAAGUUGUGCUGGAAUCGGAAAUGCUGCUGUAACAGCCGCAUGUACGGUGCCACCGCCACCUAGGAAACGAAAACGGAAAGUGAGGUCACAGAAAUCGUUCGAACACUUAACCAGAGCAGAAACCAUUUUCGACAAGAAUAGCAGUGGAGACUCUUCCGAUUCUGACGAUGACAAUGGGACUGGUCAGAUAAGUGUAUGGAUAGGCAAUGACGACGGAGAGGUAUUUGUUGUUAACUCUACCGAAAGGGUAAGGACACGAGCUCGAGAACGGGUGGCCAGAUUGAACUACCCGGUCACAGCAAUCGCUUCCGUUGGUGGUUACGUUUUCGUCGCCACCGGCAUCACUUCAAAUGUUCAGCUGCUUAAAUUUCACACUUCUGCGGACAGUCUCUGGGAACUCGACUCGCCUACCAUUUUGAGCCACCCUCUAACAAAACCAAUUUUGGCAAUGUGCCCAGUUGGUAGACGUUUGAUGCUGGCCAGCGGCCAUCAGGUCCAUGCUUUGGACACGGAAGACGCCGCAUGGGAGUUGCCUGUCGACGUACUGGCCCCGUCCGAUGUCAUAUCCCGGAUGACGUCAUCCGGACCCUAUCUCUUCUGCUGUGCCAGGAAAUCCACCACUGUUUACGUUGUGGAUGCGUUUUCACUUAAAGUUGUCAAUCAUUUCGGGAUUUCUGCUUGCGUCAGAACUCAAUUGGCGGGUCGUGAAGAUAUCAUUCGUGAGCACAAAAUGGGUUGCCUACGGAUAACGUGCAUUACCGUAGCAGCUUCCCAACUUUGGAUCGGUACAUCAGCUGGCAUCGUCAUGUCAACACCUCUACAAUGUGCCAAGACUCAACCAAGCCCUCCUCUGUCGGUACGUGAGAUGGGACAUGCUGGCCCUUGUCGAGUUCUCAUCCCAAUUAAUGUAGCACUGACGAGAAAGAUCAGACGUAUGUCAUUGAACAUGCCUUCACAGCAAGCUAAUCAGUUACUCGUGGUAAGCUGUGGAGAAGGUCUCGACGAUAGAACAGGUACCCAGGAUCCUGCCAACGACGCAGUGAACCAUUUGAUUUUCUGGAAAUGUUUGCAAUUGUGCGAAUCAAGCUAG